AUGCCGCUCCUCCCCAUGCCUGGCUCUCCCGCGUCUUCCUGGGCCGUCUACCGUGCGCGCCUCAAGGCUGUCUUCCAUGGCGCCGACCCACGCGUGUGCGCCGCCUUCUGGUUGUUCGGCCUCAUUAACAACGUGCUCUACGUAAUCAUCCUCUCCGCCGCCCUCGACCUCGUCGGCCCAAAUGUCCCCAAAGGCGUCGUGCUCCUCGCCGACGUCAUUCCCUCGUUCCUCGCCAAACUGUGCGCCCCGUACUUCAUCCACAAGAUCCCCUACAAUGUGCGCAUCUUCAUAUUCGUCGCUCUCUCCGUAUGCGGCAUGCUCAUCAUCGCCCUCACGCCUCCACUGCAGGACUCGGGGACCAUCGCCAUCAAGAUGUGUGGAGUGAUGCUUGCCAGUCUGAGCAGUGGAGCUGGCGAACUGAGCUUCCUUGGCCUGACACAUUACUACGGCCACUUUGCUCUGGCUUCCUGGGGCUCGGGCACGGGAGGCGCCGGCUUGAUCGGUGCUGGAGCCUACGCCAUUGCGACCAACACGCUCGGCAUCACCCCUCGUACAAGUCUACUCGUCUUUUCCUUCUUGCCGCAAAUCAUGGUGCUGAGCUUCUUCAUUAUCCUUCCACUCGGCCCACUGCGCGCUGGCAUUCAGAAACAAGGCGACUAUGAAGCCAUCGAUGACCAUGGGGACGAUGAGGAAGAGGAAGGGGGCCCGGCGCAGGAACAAGACGACUUGUUGUCUUCCUCCCUGCACUCGGCUUCAGGGCGCAGUUUCCCCUCUGUCACUAACACUGGUGCUAACAGUGCACUGAGUAGCUUUCGCGCAAACCUCAACCGCGCGCGAGGCCUGUUCUUCCCAUAUAUGCUGCCCCUCCUUCUUGUCUACAUCGCCGAGUACACUAUCAACCAGGGCGUCGCGCCUACUCUGCUCUUCCCUCUCGAAUCCUCUCCUUUCGACGAAUACCGCUCCUUCUAUAGCACCUAUGGCGCCAUCUACCAGGUCGGUGUCUUCAUCUCGCGAUCCUCCACACCCUUCAUACGCAUACACCACCUCUACGUCCCGUCAUUCCUUCAAGUCGCCAAUCUCAUUGUCCUCGCGCUGCACGCCAUGUUCAAUUUCAUCCCGAGCUAUUACAUCGUUUGCGUAAUCAUUUUCUGGGAAGGUCUAUUAGGUGGGCUGGUCUAUGUCAGCACCUUUGCCGAGAUUACGGAUAACGUGCCGAAAGAGGAUAGGGAAUUCAGCCUGGGCGCGACUAGUGUGAGUGAUUCUGGAGGUAUCUGUAUCGCUGGUUUCUUAGGCAUGGCUGUUGAGUUUACGACAAAACCGGCCGAGACCCAGGGAGUCUUCUCAACCCUCUCUUGCGCUACGUCCGACACGGAGUGCGAUACGGACUCCGACACGCUUUGCGACUCUGACGACGACUCCGACGACCGCAAGCUAAGGCAACAAGAAAAGGUCCUACCGCAAUACCACAUCACCGGCAUACUAAUCGGAACCACGGUCAUGGAUGAGGGUGUCGAGGUCAACCCAAUCGUCAACAGCUCGGUUGAUGUAGCGAACUUGCGCCUCGAAGUGAGGGGCAGGUCGGGCAAAGAAGCCCGGGAGAAGUUGCUGGUUAACCCUGUUAGUAUUUUUGACGGGUUGGGGCCGUGGGAGAAGGAGUGGGAUGAUAUGUGCGGGUGUGAGGGGAGUGAGGACUGUUCGCGUAUCGAUCACGGGGAUAAGGAUGAGACGGUGGGUUUGGAAAUCAUCAUGGAAGAUGCAGACAGCUUUGCCAGGAGGACUGUCUGCGAUGAAGAUGACGAAGAUGACGACUCCGUCAUGGAUGUCGACGAGAAGGCGGGCGUCGAGCCUUGCGUUGGCAUGGAGUAUGUUUGGCAAGCUUAA